AAGGGGUUGGGCAUCCCCCCCCGGAGGUCUGUGGACCCGGAAGUAGACGUACUGCACGGAAGCCGGCUUUGGCCCUGCGGCUGCUGCCGUCGCCGCGGAGAAAUUGUUGGAGCUGGCAGCCUAGGAAUGAUUCUCAGGGGCUGCUAGAUUCAUCCCUGAUGGCAUCAGGCACUGCCAGCCGCUCAGAAGAUGAAGAGUCACUGGCAGGACAGAAACGGGCAUCUUCCCAGGCCUUGGGCACCAUUCCUAAACGGAGAAGCUCCUCCAGGUUCAUCAAGAGGAAGAAGUUCGAUGAUGAGCUGGUGGAGAGCAGCCUGGCUAAGUCCUCUACCCGGGCAAAGGGGGCCAGUGGGGUGGAACCAGGGCGCUGCUCGGGGAGCGAACCAUCCUCCAGUGAGAAGAAGAAGGUGUCCAAGGCCCCCAGUACUCCCGUGCCUCCUAGCCCUGCCCCAGCCCCUGGGCUCACCAAGCGUGUAAAGAAGAGCAAACAGCCGCUUCAGGUGACCAAGGAUCUGGGGCGCUGGAAGCCUGCAGAUGACCUCCUGCUCAUCAAUGCUGUGUUGCAGACCAAUGACCUGACAUCUGUCCAUCUGGGCGUGAAGUUCAGCUGCCGCUUCACCCUUCGGGAAGUCCAGGAGCGCUGGUACGCUCUGCUGUACGAUCCUGUCAUCUCCAAACUGGCCUGUCAGGCCAUGAGGCAGCUGCACCCAGAGGCCAUCGCCGCCAUCCAGAGUAAGGCCCUGUUCAGCAAGGCUGAGGAGCAGCUGCUGAGCAAAGUGGGAUCGACCAGCCAACCCACCUUGGAGACCUUCCAGGACCUGCUGCACCGACACCCGGAUGCCUUCUACCUUGCCCGCACUGCCAAGGCUCUGCAGGCUCACUGGCAGCUCAUGAAGCAGUAUUAUUUGCUGGAGGACCAGACAGUGCAGCCUCUGCCCAAGGGGGACCAAGUCCUGAACUUCUCUGAUGCAGAGGACCUGAUUGAUGACAGUAAGCUAAAGGACAUGCGAGAUGAGGUCCUGGAACAUGAGUUAACAGUUGCUGACCGCCGCCAAAAGCGAGAGAUCCGGCAGCUGGAGCAGGAACUGCACAAGUGGCAGGUGCUGGUAGACAGCAUCACAGGCAUGAGCUCUCCGGACUUUGACAACCAGACACUGGCGGUGUUGCGGGGCCGCAUGGUGCGCUACCUGAUGCGCUCCAGAGAGAUCACCCUGGGCAGAGCAACUAAGGACAACCAGAUUGACGUGGACCUGUCUCUGGAGGGGCCGGCCUGGAAGAUCUCCCGGAAGCAAGGUGUCAUCAAGCUGAAAAAUAAUGGUGACUUCUUCAUUGCCAAUGAGGGUCGGAGGCCCAUCUACAUUGAUGGUCGCCCUGUGCUGUGUGGCUCCAAAUGGCGCCUCAGCAACAACUCCGUGGUGGAGAUUGCCAGUUUGCGAUUCGUCUUCCUCAUCAACCAGGACCUCAUCGCCCUUAUCCGGGCUGAGGCUGCCAAGAUCACACCACAGUGAGGAGUAGCGGCGGGACCCAGGGAGUUCUCUCUGGCCUCAGUCUGUCCUGCCAUGAGCUGGGAAACCCCAAUUCCUGGAAAAAAACGUUGUGGGCCGUGGGAGCCCCAACUGCUGGCCCACUGAUCUGAGCCUUUUGUAGGAAAGCAGGGCUGACCCUGGGGGAGCCAGGUAGAAGCUGGGACACCCCCGCCAGCUUCCGCAGGGCCAGAGCCAGAGUCUGCCCUCCUUUCUGCAGGCCUGCAGGCUGUCCUCCGUUGCUCCCCAGAUGCCCACUCUCACCUGUCUCCAACUGAUUAGCUUCAGACUUUCUUUUAUUGUUUUUUUUUCCUUUGUAAAUAAAAAGCACUGAGUUCCAAA